AUGACCAUCAAGAAAUCUGUUCGCCGGAGAUUCAUUCGGUCCAUCGCUUCUCCUCCUCCAGUCAUUGACGCAAGCCUUCCUCUAUCUCCCGAAGUCAUCGAGGCUCUCGACGUGCUCCAUCUGAUGACUCGAAAAUCCCCAGAGUCCCUGGAAAUUCUUGGGAAGAUUUGGGUGUUCUCUUUUGCGCUGCGUUGGCCAUUGCCCGUCCAUCAGGCUACUACGCAAUUCCUUGUCGUUUUUUUUCAGAUCCUGAACGGUUCACGUAUAGUUUCUACGUGGUCAACUGCCAUCGCAGAAUUUCCCAGAUGGUCGGUGUCCUCGAAUCCGAACUCCCAGUCUUUGAUGGGAAACCAAGGCCUGAUUUUGGCUGCGACCGUAAUGUUUAUCCAGCCGCUUCCAGUAAUUCAAGAGGUCGAUGUCAUACUAUCAUAUAUACGCCGCUCAUGGAAUCGAUGCUUGGAUGCAACGCCGUUCUCCAAGAACAACGACAUAGGGAUAAACCUUCUCUUAUCUUUUGAAUACCUCGCCAAGUUCUUUUUGCGUUCUAUAUCUGGUGAUUCGAAGUGGAUCGUCAAAGUCUUGGACUGUGGACUAUUGUGUCUGUUGGUAAAGACGCUAGCCUCAGGAUCUCUGCCCACAUUUUGCCAUACCCCCAACUCAGUUCACACCGUCCUCGAGGAAAUCAUCCAUCAACUACUCCUGAAUAUCAUCUUUAUUCUUGUCGUGCGAGGAUGCGUAUUCAAGGCCCAGAAGAUUAUCUGGGCUUUGGAAGACUCCGGAAGCUCUGGUCAGAUUCGGAGAGUCAAUCUGCUUCGAAAAGAGUAUAGAGACAGUCUCUCAAAUGAAAGUUGCCCCGGUAAUCCUUUGCCUGGUAUACGCUCGAAACUGUGCGGUGCCUGCCGAGCGACAGCAUACUGUUCAAAAUAUUGUCAGAAACAAGACUGGCAAGCGGGACACAAGAAAUCCUGCAAGAAACAGUUCAGUAAGGUCGCUGCCUUCCUAUAUCUAAACACGUUAUUCAUGUCGCACUAG